UGCGGUGGCUCUGAGGGUGACGUCAACAGCGUCAACAAAGGAUCUGUCGGGACAGAAAGAAGGAGAAGGUUGAGAGGGGGGCAAAAGGUGGAGGAGGCUACCUAACUAGAUAGCAGCUGAGAAAAGCCAACAUGCCGCUCACGCAAUUUCCGAGGCUAACUCGCUACCGGCGGCUUCGACACCGCUCCCGGGCCGUGACCGUGGCUAGGGAGUGGGCAGGGCCGGUGUUAGGCGCGGCGACAUGCGGGGGCAGGACCCAAGGCAGCUGCGAUGGUGCCGAACAGCGCGGCCAGCUGGAUGGCGUACUCCGUAAAUACAACAUGAAGCCAUUUUGGCGAGAGGGCCCGACUAUGGGCGAGCACGACGAAUGUUGCUACUCCGUGGUCUCCAAAUGGUACAGGUUCUAG